CUCUCUCUCUCUCUCUAAAUUUUCUCCUUUUAUUUUUAACAUAAAAUAUAUACAUGAGACUGGGUGUUUUGGGUGUUGACAUUGUGUUUAUUGUGUCUGCAAGACCUGUAUGUGUAUGAGAUGAGGACUGGCAUAUGCCAUUUUUGUAUAUAUAUAUAAAGAAACCAAACAAAGCCUUGGAUCUUGUGGUGAAGAUAUGGAAGAGAAGGGUGUUAUCCAUGAAGCUCAAGAGGCUAGGAAGGUUAUUGGGGUGAGAGAAGAAUCCCAUGACCAACUCAACUUGAAGCCAGAUUCUCCAAACCAUGCAGACUCAGGCAACAAUAACAAAGAGGGGAAUAUUGUGAAGCUUGAAUCUGCAAAAGCUGAAAUGGGUGAUGUAACAGAGAAGAAUGCAAGAUUGAAGAUGAUGUUGGAUCGAAUCGAGACCGAUUGCCAUUCUCUCCAGCUCCAAUUCUUUGACAUCCUCAAAAAAGAUCAACAUCCCAAGAAAUCUGUUCCGGACAACGACGACGAUGAUGCCGGAGAACCUGAUCAACUUGUCUCACUUUGCCUUGGAAGAAGAAAAAGUACUCCAAGCAGUAUUGAAUCUAGAAAAGAUGACAGAAACACUAGAGAUGAAGAUGAUCAAGACUGGAAGUCCAGUCUCACUCUUGGGUUGGAAUCCAAAUUAUCAACUGAAGCUGUCUCAGAUCAUAAUACUAAUCCAAGUUCAAAGAAUAGUGUAGAGGAAAUCACUAAUAAGGAAGACGAAGCAGGAGGAGAGACAUGGCCACCAAGAAAGAUUCAGAGAACAAUGUCUGGAGGGAGUGGAGAUGAUGAUGUGAAUGUUGCUAAACCUAGUCAUGUUAAGAGAGUCAGAGUUUGUGUCAGAGCCAGAUGCGAUACGCCGACGAUGCAAGAUGGAUGCCAAUGGAGGAAAUAUGGUCAGAAGAUUUCGAAAGGGAAUCCAUGCCCACGAGCUUAUUAUCGUUGCACAGUUGCACCAGCAUGUCCCGUGAGAAAACAGGUGCAAAGAUGUGUGGAGGACAUGUCAAUCUUGAUCACAACCUAUGAAGGAACACACAACCACUCUCUGCCAUUUACAGCAACAGCAAUGGCUUCCACAACCUCUGCUGCUGCUUCUAUGCUACUAUCUGGCUCUUCAAACUCUCAAUCAAGUGAUCAACUCCAUGGAUCAUCAUCAUCAAGCUUCAGUAUCUAUGAUAAUUCAAGACCAAAACAUCUAUAUUACCCCAACACUACUACUACUACUUCCUCCUCUGCUUUGCUCCCAACAAUCACUUUAGACCUCACAAACCCCUCUCCAUCCUCUUCUUCUUCUACAUAUUUUAACAAGUUCUCUUCAAUCUUCCACUCAAGCUCAAGAUUUCCCACUUCAAGUCUCAGUUUUUCUUCAGGAGAUCAAUCCAACAGUAGCUUAUCUACAAUCUGGGGCAAUAAUGGAUACCAUUCCUUCAACAACACUCUACCUUAUAAUAAUCAGACUCACAUGGGAUCAUUGAGUAGUGCUGCUUCACAACAGGCUUUGACAGAAACAUUAGCCAAAGCUAUCACAUCGGAUCCGAGUUUUCGAUCAGUAGUAGCGACGGCCAUUUCGUCGCUAGUUGGUGCAAAUCAAGGUUAUCAGCAAGGACAAAGAGAAGCGAUUGUGCAGAACUUGUUGCAGACUCUUGCUUCUUCCAACACAUUGCCAAGCCAGGGUGAGAAAGAGUAUGCUUCAAGCUACUUCAAUGGGUUGUCGAUGUCUCCGAAUUCUCAAACAAGAUCAAGUUUGGUUCAGGCUGCAUGGCCAUUUUCAAUUGUGAACAGUACUACUUCUAUUCCACCUUCUAAGAAAAAGGAACAGAACAGUUGAUUAUGUUGUAUAGAUAUGACCAUUCUGGACAGUGUUUUUGGUAUGCCAAUUAUGUAAUCUAAGCGUAUAUUCACAACUUGUUAAUUAUAAUUUUCUGUAAGGAAUUUUGACUA